AUAGUUGAUACCCCAGAUUGAUGAACCCAUUCAUCCACCAGUCCAAAGGAGGCGGCUGGCACCUGGCCGGCCUCGCCUCGACCUUCCCAGACCUCCAAUCCGAAGAUGGCUCCUCGGCGAUCAAACCCAGCUGCAAGGCGUUCAGCAUCCCGCGGACCAACGCGCCCAGCACCGACGACAAGGCCCCCAUCCCGGCAAACCUCGACCGCCCCGGACGGGAACUGAAGGAUCAGGUCCUCGUCUUUCGGUAUAAGGGGAAGUUCCACGCUAUUGACCAUCAAUGCCCCCACUCGGCGUUUCCGCUUUCGCGUGGCAGCCUGUUUGAUAUUGAGGACUUUGGGAUCACCCUGAGUGCGGGGAUCACGUGUCCGCAGCAUGAUUGGUCGUUUGAUCUGUUCUCGGGGCAGGGCGAUCGGGGGAAUUAUAAGCUGAAGGUCUGGGAGGUGCAGUUGAGGGAGGUGAGUGAGGGUGAGGGUGAGGGAGAGGGGGAGGGGGAGGGGGAGAAGGAGGUUUGGGUGAGGAGGAAGCAGCGGAUUGGGUAG